AUGACUACCCCCACCGCUCCCCUCACUACGCUCAGUAACAGCGACAGCCACAAAGGCGGCGUAUGGCUCAUAGCAUUCAUCACCCGCCUACCAUCCUGGACGCACGAAGAAUUCUGCGCGUACUGGAAGGAGACACACGCGCCGUUAGUCGCGCCAUUCCUCGCCAGGCACGGGAUCAUCAACUACCGCCAGAUCCACAUCAACCCGGCCACCUCCUCAAUCCUCGGCCUCCCAGCCGAAAGCGCAGUGCAGUACGACGGAAUCGUGCAGCUCCAGGUCUCGAGCCUGGAGGCAUGGGCGGAAGCGGUGAAGGACCCGUUCUACACGGACGUGAUUGUGCCGGGUGAGCAGCAUUUCUUCACGGGGAAGAAGAUCGUGCUUGGGGUUGUUGCGGAGGUUUUUGUGGGGGUGGAGUGGGGGGAAGAGUUUGGUGUGAUAUAA